AUGUCCUCAAGAAGAUUUUCUAGAGAGGAGAAAGGGAAAGGAAGCUCAGCUGAGUUGGCUCAACCUCCCCGUACUGGAAGAAUCAAAAUCCAGGCUCCAGAUACCUCAGCCCUCAUCAACAAGCACUCUCUCACGCUUAUCGGAAGGGUCACUAACAAAUCAGUACAAAAGGUCUGGUCGCUCAUCCCAUUCUUCACUGAUAUGUGGAAAGCGCAUGGUCGACCAGUAGGUGCGGACCUUGGUAAUGGACUCUUUCAAUUCCAAUUCGACAAGGAGGAGGACCUUCUAGCUGUCCUCGAAAAACGCCCUUUCCACUUUGCGAAAUGGCUGGUUAUUGCGCAACGAUGGGAGCCCACAGCUUCUCCCUCCUUCCCAUCCCUUAUCCCGUUUUGGAUAAAGAUUCAGGGUAUACCAGUUCAUCUUUGGACUGAGGAAGCAGUGGAAUUACUUGGUUCAGACAUUGGGAUCUUCGAAAAAGCUGAGAUAACUCCUUUCUUGGUAAGAAUGCGGGUCCAAGUCAAUGGUCUACUCCCCCUACUCAAGAGCUCUAUCAUUGAAUACUCCAAUGGGGAUGAAGUGACAGUCACGUUUGUCUAUGAGCGUCUUGACAAACACUGUCUAAAAUGCUGUCGACUAGACCAUGAGAUCAAAGACUGUCUUGUGGCAAAGCAUGAGCUGAAAGCUGCAAAACAAAGUGAAGAAACAUCAAAAGCAUCGAUCCAACGUAAGGAACCAGUUCGUGAACACUACCCCGAUAACUCUGACGUCUUCCGCUUCUCGGCCUCGAGGACAAAGGAAGACCAACCCCAAAGAUACGUUGGAAGGGCUCCCUUUGACAGGCGUCAUGAUGCACGUCGUUACCUCACUGACAACAGAAGGGCGAGAACCCCACAGGACCAUUCCUACAGAAGCCAUAUUAGCCACAAAACUAUGGAGUGGCGGGAAAGAAGUCACGAGGAUAACUCUCAUCAACGACUAAAUCGGAGCUCUCGCCCCCGAUCUCCUCCGGAACGACGCUCCCCCUCCCCUCGUAGACACCUAACUCGUAUUGAAGAAGAAGAACGCAAUGCAACUCCCCCCUCUUCAAGAAACAGGGGAGAGUCUCUUAGGAGGGAGGAAUCAAGCUCUUCAAAGGAUAUGAUGCUAGGUGGAACUAGGGGGAAUCCCCAGCAAGCAAAUUUUGCAUCACCACAUCAGGAGGCUCUCUCUGCAGCCAGGGAAGUUGUUCGAGAAACAAUGAUUCAAUACACUCAGGUCGCAGACCCUACGGAAAGUGCUGCAAGGAGAGAGCGACUGCGACAAGCAAAAGACAGAGGAACCCUUGAGGAAAAUGCUCUCAAAUUGGUUAAGACCUCUCUUAAGAGGAAACAGACUGCUAUCCAAGCCUCAACUACGAGUACCAGAACUCCAGCUACUCUGCGGUUAGGCCCUGCGGUCCAAGAGCAAACAGAGCAACCCGCCAAGGACACACAAACUGAGGAGAUCGCGCCAAAAAGAAAACCAGGACGCCCUCCCGGGAAAAGAGUGGUACUGCAAAGUCCAAGACAACUACUCAAAGGAACCUGCUCUAGGAGAAGGAAAGUUCCACAGUCCAAACAGACAACCACAAGACGCAGACUCAACUCCGACGUCCCUGCAGGCAGUAGAGCACCUCCGAGGACAACAGGCUCUCGGGAAUCCGGGACAAGAUCCAAUGCCACCAAUAACUCGGAGAAUCAGCCAAUAUGCAACAUGAUACCUAGGAAGACAAGGAAGCGGAUGGAUUUUCAGAAUCCGUCUUCUCCCGGUCCUUAA